AUGAAUAACAAGGUAGGCCAUCAGGCUUAUCGAUUUUCCGCCACAGCGUCUGUCUCAAUUAGGCCUGGGGCUUGGGCCAGUCGAGCUCGAGGCGAAACAGCCAACGUGCGUACAGACAUGACUGAAGGCAAUCGAUCGAUAUAUGGACACUUUUUGGGUAGGCCUCACAAAAUGAGUCAACUCGCCUCGGCCGUUCGACGACGCCAUUUCGUGCGACCCGAUCUCGUCGAGUCGCGCUCCGGCGACAGCCUCAGCAUUUGGCACGGCCGCCUGGCCGGCUUGUCCGGGCGUCGUUCCAACUUGCAUCGGCGCCUUGGUGACGAUGAGUAA